AGUUAAAUUUCAUAUUUAACAAAGUAAUGGUCACAAUGAAAUCGUUUUUAACAACGUGUGUGGUAUUAUUAAUAAUUUCAAAUAAUUUUGUUGAUUGUAUAUCAAAAAGAAAUAUAUUAGAAGAUGAUCAAGAGCUUGAACACGAUCCAGAUGCAUUUUUGCUUGUGCCGGAAAUAAUUGAAAAAUAUGGAUAUCCAGUUGAAAGGCAUAAUAUUACUACAGAGGAUGGAUUUAUUUUACAAGUUCAUCGAAUACCAAGGCCUGGAGCAAUUCCUGUAUUUUUACAACAUGGACUUUUAGCAUCUUCUGCUGAAUGGAUUGUUAUGGGACCUGAAAAAGGUUUAGGUUAUUAUCUAUAUCAAUUAGGAUAUGAUGUUUGGAUGGGAAAUAUGAGAGGAAAUCGUUAUUCUAGGAAUCAUAUAAAAUUUAAUGCAAAUGAUAAAGAAUUUUGGGAUUUCUCAUUUCAUGAACUUGGUUAUUAUGAUUUACCAGCUAUGAUUGAUCAUAUAAUUAAAGUGACGGAACAUAAAAGAAUUCAUUAUAUUGGACAUUCUCAGGGUACAACAAGUUUUUGGGCAAUGUGUGCAUUACGUGCAGAAUAUUGUGACAAAAUAAUUGGUAUGCAAGCAUUAGCACCAGUUGCAUAUUUAGAUAACGCAAAAUGUCCAUUAAUUGUUGCUUUGGCACCAUUAACAAAUAGUAUAGAGACAAUAACCAAAUUAUUAGGAAAAUAUGAAUUUUUACCUAAUAAUGAAUUAAUGGCAUUAGCAGGACAAGCUUUAUGUAAAGAUCAAGCUAUAACACAAGUAAUGUGCACAAAUAUUGUAUUUUUAAUUGCUGGUUAUGAUUCCGAUCAAUUAAAUAAGUCAUCAUUACCUGUAUUUUUGGGACAUUUUCCAGCUGGAGCAUCAAGUAAACAGCUUAUACAUUUUGGACAAAUAAGAAAACAAGGAAAAUAUCAAUUAUAUGAUUAUGGUUUUAUUGGUAAUCUAUUAAAAUAUAAAUCGAUAAAGCCACCAUUAUAUGAUUUAAAUAAGGUAACUGCUCCAGUUGUAUUACAUUAUUCACAAAAUGAUUGGUUAGCUGAUUCAUUGGAUGUACUUAGAUUAAAAGAUGAAUUACCAAAUGUUAUUAGAACUCAUAUUGUAGCAAAUCCAAAAUUUAAUCAUUUAGAUUUUCUAACAGCAAUUGAUAUUAAAAAAUUGCUUUAUGAUGAUGUAGUGAAUAUGUUAAAAGAAUUUGAACAAUUACGAAUGAAAUAAACUGACUGAUUUUAAACUAUAAAUGAAAAAUAAUUUUUAAUAACCGAAAAUGUUUUCUGAGUGCCAAAUAUUUUUUGGUUAAUUUUAGUGAUAUAUUGUAGAUUAUUAUUAAUCAUAGGUGUAAUGUCUAUACCUAUAAAAUAAUUUAUGAUAAUUAAACCAGCUCAG